UCAACCCCCCGACCCCCCCAUCCCCACCUAUUCACCCGCCUAAACUAUCUCCACCAGUCCGCGCAUCUCUUGCUUACCUCCGGCUCUCCGAACCUCUCCAGAAACCUGGUCUCCACGGCGCGCACGGUUGCGAAGAAGGCCGUUAUCAGAUUCGACCCAUCGGUAAAGCGCACUUGGUGUAAGCGCUGCGACGCUGUGCUUGUGCCCGGGGUGAGCUGUGAGCACAGGGUGGAGAAUUUGAGCAGGGAUGGGAGGAAGACGUGGGCAGAUGUGCUGGUUGUCAGGUGUUGGGGAUGUGGGUGUCUGAAGAGGUUUCCCGUG